CAGGAAAGUAACGAGUGGUUUUUGUUCGUGUGUUCGGUUUUAACGGGACUCUGUGCCGGUUCUAGUUCUUCUGCAGGAGGAUGAAGACUCUGCUGCUGCUGCUGCUCUUCAUCAACGUUUCCCAGCAUGCCCUGGCUGUGGUGAUGGAGGUGUAUGCAGGAGAAAAGUCCAUCCUGCUGCCCUGUCAGUUCUCAGGGUUUCCACCUGAGGACGAUCCUGCAGUGAUGUGGACUCGCAGUGAUCUCGAUCCCAAAUCUGUCCACCUGCUCCAAAAAGGAGGAGAUGAUCUUAGAGGACAGAACCAGCAUUACAGCGGACGCACAUCAGUGAGGUCUGAUGCUCUUAAAACUGGAAAUUACAGCCUCACUCUGAGGAACCCACAACUGACUGACAGCGGCAGCUGA